UUUUUUUACUUUUUCACAUUUAGUUUGCAAAACUAAAACUGAAAUGGGAAAAUUCAAAUUAGAAAAUUCAAAUUCAGAUUUUAAAAAUACGGAUUAUUUCGGCAGAAACCAUCGCUAGCGAGACAAUGAUUAUUUCCUCGGCCAAUCAGCACCUCUGCUGUUGAGCACGUGAAUACUCCACUCCACUCGUUGCCUGACAACGGCUGACAAACAAGACCAGUUAGCUUAGCCGUAUGCUAUUUACUCGUCCUUUUCUGAGUUGGAGAAACGAAAAAGAAGACGAGUUUGUCAAGGAGCCGGGAUGGCGGACGACGGUCGCAGGGGCUGGGAAGAGGACGAACGCGGCCCGGGAGCUGCUCACCACGGCUUCGUGCUCAUGGCGGCGCUUAUGGAGAAGCUGAAAAUCUUAAAUUGCGACCAAGAGCUGCUGGAAAAGCACAACAUGAAGCCUCUCUCCAGACAUUAUUUCGUGUCCAGCCCUUACCUCGCGGCCAAUUCGGGCGAGCAGUUCUACUUGUUCGCCAUCACGGCCGCCUGGCUCAUCAACGCGGCGGGCGGAAGCUUCGGCAAACCCCGGGAAGACGACGAGCCCACCGCCACCGUCUCCAACAUCCUGGCUGAGCUCAGGGCGCUGGGGGUGAAGGUGGAUUUCCCGCCGUCCAAGCUCAAGUCAGGUUCCGGCGAGCACGUGUGCUUCGUCUUGAAUACGUUGGCAGAGCACGCGCUCAAGAGGCGAGGAUUCUCCUUUAAAAGGCCAAAUUACCCAAGUGAAAGUGCAGAAGAAGAAUCCAUGAUGGACGAGCACGCAGAACUGGCGCUGGACAAUCAGGACGAGGCGCAUCUUCAGGAAGACGACGACGAAGAUGAAGAGAACCUGGUGGACCUGGAGGCCCUCACUCUGCAGAGCCACCUGAAAGAAGCGGCGAUGACGUCCAAACCUGAGGAGAUCCUACGCUCCACGGUGGACGCUGCCCAGUGGAACUUGGAGGUGGAAAGAGUCCUGCCUCUCCUCAAAGUCACUGUUAGAACGGACAACAAGGACUGGAGGGUCCACGUGGACCAGAUGCACCAGCACCAGGACGGCAUCAAGUCCUCUCUUCAUGAAGCUAAGGGCUACCUGGACAAGCUGGAGGAGGACAUCAGCAGGACAUUGGAGAAGGUGUCCAGUCGAGAGAAGUAUAUGAACAAGCAGCUGGAAGCCGUCACGGCUGAACACCGCGUCGCCCGGGCCAAACUCGCCGAGGUCAGGGAGCGCUACCAGGAGGCCAGCGGGGGCGUGGCCCAGAGGACGCAAAUCCUAGCGGAGCUAAGUGAGGAAUUUGCCAAGGUGAAACAAGAGAUGGAGGAUCGAGGCAGCAGCAUGUCCGACGGAGCGGCGGUGGUGAAGAUCAAGCAGAGUUUGUCCAAGCUGAAGCAAGAAAUAGUGAGGAUGGACGUGCGCGCCGGCGUGGUGGCGCACAUGUUGCUACAGGCCAAACUCAAGCGCAAGAGCAACAUGAGCGUCGAAGGGCAAACUUUCGUCUGGCCCGACAGUCAACCCUAAAACAAUUGGUAUGUGGCAAAAUUGACUUAAAUUGACGUCGUGCACAGAGUCAGCCCGCACCCAGCUAGGGUAGGUAAUGACAACAGUGAGCACAAAGUCUUACCCAAUCCAAGACUGAUGAUACCCCGGGUCAACACCUAGACAGCCCAUCCAACUCCUUCAAAAAGACUGAACAUUUCCAUCAGAGGUCGGCACUUCCCUGGAUGCUGUUAGAAUGGGACCUUGGAGGUCAAACGGCAACAAUUGGUAGCGGACGGCUGACUUACUCAUGGGUCUUAAAUUGCACACCACACUUCCACGAAUACCAAAUGUGCGUGAAAACAAAAACUGACGAGAAGGAAAGGCUCAAACCAGACAGAAAAUGGUAGAUGAUAAAACAACUAGACCCUUGGAACCUCUCAUCAUGAAUGACCACCACCACAAUGGGAGGACCAGAGGACCAAUUUGUUGGGACAGAAAAGCUACUGUCCUCAGCGAAAUCAGUCCAAGAUCUUUCAUCGUUGAGACAGAGGAUGGACACGGAUUGAGAAGAAAUAGGAGGAGUCUGUUGAAGGCUCAUACGGCUACAGAGUACAUUCUAAGGAUGCUGGAGCAACCACCUGAGCUUCAUGUAUCUCCAAUGAGAAAGCCACCUGAAAGACUUACUGAAAAUGUUUGAAAGGUAUUACUACAUAUGUUGAAGUGCCUAUUUGCUAAUUGUUCAUUGCAACUUUAUGGACAUUUGGAAAUUUGAAUUGAUAUAUUGCAUUUAAUUUGUAGGUUCACUAGGCAUGUGCCGAUAUGAGAUUCUGACGGUAUGAUAACCUUAAGCCAAAAUUUCACGGUAUCAUGGUAUUCCAAUUACAGCUCUAAAAUGUGUUAGAGAUAUGUGGGGUUAAAAAAAAUAACUUUUUUUCCAUUGAACAGGAUUUGAUUUUGAAUUAUUUUUAAUAACACUUUAUAAAGAGAGAAGUACACAUUGAGACUGUUUAUUAUCAAAAAUGGUCCUCACAGAGCAUGUCAAGAAUUGGAAAAAAAAAAGCACGCACUUGAUAACCACCAGCUGUAAAGAAGGUAGAAAAUGUACAACGGUCAUCAUGAGAAAUUGCGUGAAAACAUGAAAAAUGUACAACAACAACAAAAAUAAUAAAGGCACUCUGCAUGUCUUAAGAUGGAUGCAUCAUCAUAGAUGAGAAAUUGCAUGAAAAAAUGAAAUCCAAAUUGACUUUGCCUUGUGGAAUUUUUUUUGUAUGUGCCAAAAUGGAUGUUGGCAUGUGGCAUUUUUUUGGCAUCUGGCAAAAUUGAUUUUGCCAUGGUGCAUUUUUUUUUUUGGUAAGUGGCAAACUGGAUUUUGGCAUGUGGCAUUUUUUUUUUGGUAUUUGGCAAAAUAGAUUUUGACAUGUGGCAAAAUUGUUUUUGCCAUGUUGCAUUUUAUUUUUUGGUCAUGUAGCAAAAUGGAUUUUGGCUUGUGGCAUUUUUUUUGGCAUGUGGCAUUUUCUUUGUAUGUGGCAAAAUUGACUUUGCCAAGUGGAUUUUUUUUUUUUUUUGCUCCAUGACAAAUGGGCAAAAUGGAUUUUGGCAUAUGGCAUUUUUUGGGGCAUGUAGUAAAAUUGAUGUUGCCAUGUGGUAUUUUAUUUGGUAAGUGGCAAACUGGAUUUUGCCAUGUGGCAUUUUGUUGGUACGUGGCAAAUAGAUUUCAGCAUGUGGCAAAAUGGAUUUUGCCAUGUGGCUUUUUUUUUGGUAUGUGGCAAAAUGGAGUUUGAAAUGUGGCAAUUGUUUUUGCCAUGUUGCAUUUUUUUUUUUUUUUUUUGGUUAUGUAGCAAAAUUGAUUUUGGCUUGUAGCAUUUUUUUUUGGUUAUAUAGCAAAAUGGAUUUUGGCUUGUGCCAUUUUUUGGGCAUGUGGCAAAAUUGAUUUUGCCAUGUGGCAUUUUCUUUUGGUAUGUGGCAGAUUGAUUUUGCCAUGUGGAAUUUUUUUGCUUCGUGGCAAAUGGGCAAAAUGGAUUUUGGCAUAUGGCAUUUUUUGGGGCAUGUAGUAAAAUGGAUUAUGGCAUGUGGCAAAAUUGACUUUGCCGUGUGGUAAAUUGAUUUUGUCAUGUGGCAUUUUUUUUUUUUUUUGCUAGAGGUUGGCACUUCCCUUGAUGCUGCUAGAAUGGGACCCUGGAGGCCAAACGGCAACAAUUCGUAGCGGAUUUAUGAAACAAUCAGGUGCACUGACUGCAAGGCAAAAAUGUUGGCAAUUCAUCAUUGUUUAUUUUGAAUUUUUUUCAACAACACUUUAAAAAGAGAAAAGUACACAUUGAGAAGGUUUAUUAUCAAAAACGGUCCUCACAGAGCAUGUCAAAAAAAAAGAAGAAAAAAAAGCACGCACUCGAUAACCACCAGCUGUAAAGAAGGUAGAAAAUGUACAACCGUCAUCAUAGAUGAGAAAUUCCAUGAAAAGAUGAAAAAUGUACAGCAAAAAAAAUUUAAAAAGGCACUCUGCGUGUCUUUGGAUGGACCCGCCGUCCGCUGACAUGUUGGCGGAAUCUUUACAGAGCCCUUAAAGGGAUAUCAACAGAAAGAAAAUAAAUUUAAACCAUCUGGUGCGCACCAGGAACAAUCUGUUAAACAUUAGCAUUAUAUAGCAUAUAAACUAGCGGACUUUUGCUAUGCAAGUUAGCCAAUUGUUCUUUUGUUGUACUUAGAUUCUCAUUUAUUUAUUCAUGUUUUUUUAUAUAGUUUGAGGCUAAGCUCAGGUGUCAGUUGAGUCAGAUAUUAAAGUAAAGCAUUACUAAACCCUGUACUAUCAUUUUUAGUACAACCAAAGAACAAGUAGCUAACUUGCAUAGCAAAAGUCCGCUAUCUUAAAUGCUAUGUAAUGCUAAACAGUGUGAGCACUAGACUGUUUAAACUUAUUUUAUUUCUGUUGAUGUCCCUUUAGAGGCGCUGUACUUUUUAGAACGUUUUUGUUGAGCAAACAGCACUUGCUUGCUAAGCUAAUGAAUAGCUUUGGAAUGACAUGUUUUUGCAUCAGUCUGACAUCUGAGUAAUCACGUUUCACUGCUUUUCACAACUAUAAAACUCAUUUAAAUCGGUAUGACAAUAUGUACAGAAGCUGGCACAAAAUAUAUGAUUGUUUUCACAAAAUUUUUAUUUUGGAAGGUCAGCUAAAAUGUUGGUCGUCAGAAAGCCAAAAAAAAGUUGAUUUUCUUGUGUGCUAUUUUAAAAAAUCCAGACAAACUUUUUGUUAUCGUAAAAGUGACGACUUGUUUAUUUUUUGGGGGGGGGGGGGAAGAACUCAUAUUGUUAACUUACAUAGGCACUUGGGUUUGCAGCUUUUUUUUCGACAACUUGUUCACGCUAACAUUCAUUGAAACUCGUUGGCUAUCAUUGACAGCGCUAGAUGUUCAAUCCGUUUUUGACAUCAUAAUUUAAAUAAAAAAAGAAUUAGAAUUGAGACCUAGCAUCCAUGUAUUUUGGGUCAUGUAUACCAAAUUUUAACUAAUAAAUGACAUUUUUGUAGAAAUUGCUGUGGCAGGUAAGCCCCUAACAGGCUUCCUGUUGAUUUGGGGACAUUUAAGGGUCACUCCCUUUUGAAAAAAGGUCGUUUCCUGUUGAUUUUGGAACAUUUGGGGGUCAUUUCCUGUUGAUUUGGGGACAUUUAAGGGUCAAUUCCUGUUGAAAAAAAGGUAAUUUCCUGUUGAUAUCAGGUCACUUCCUGUCAUUUUGGGGACAAUUGAGGGUCACCUAUUGUUGAUAUCCGGCCACUUGCUGUUGAUUUGAUGACAUUUGGGGGUCACUUCCUGUGGAUUUCAGGUCAGUUCCUGUUGAUAUCGGGUCACUUCCUGUUGAUUUUGCGACAUUUAGAAGGUCACUUCCUGUAGAUUUGAUCACAUUUGGGGAUAACUGUUGUUUUGGGGACAUUUCAGGUUCACUUCCUGUUGAUUUGGGGACACAUUAGGGUCAAUUCCUGUUGAUUUCAGGUCGGUUCAUGUUGAUAUCAGAUCACUUCCUUUUGAUUUGGGGACAGUUAGGGGUCACUUCCUGUUGAUGUCAGGUCGCUUCCGAUUUAUUUGGGGGUCCGUUCUUGUUGAUAUCAGGCCACUUCCUGUUGAUUUGGGGACAUUUGGGAGUCAGUUCCUGUUGAUAUCAGGCAAAGUUACCAUAAUAUCCUUAACUUUUUGACCUGUAUUAUCGUAAACCAAAAUGUUUGUCGAUUUGACAAAAAUUCAGCAACUUAUGACUAUUUUAGCGGAGUAGGUCCUCUGUCCCAAGAUGGCCGACAGGUACAUACAGUCUUGUUCAAAAGGAUUCAACUCCCAGUGUAGUAUUGUAGUCAGACAAUAGUUUUUGAUUUAUUCAUAAUCAGAUCGCAUUAAGGCUUGUAAAAUUGACAAUUGUGUUGGAACUUGCACUUCCUGGUGGUCAGUCAUUUCUUAUCAAAUUUUUUGGGUCACCGCAUAGCUAAUUCAUGUUUUAGUGCCAUUGACGGCGCUGUACGUCCAAUCCAUUUUGACUGGGAGCUAAUGGCUAGUCAUGUCAAUAGCACUAAAAUAAGAGCAAAUAUUGCUAUUUUCACUAUUUUCAAUUGUCUUACAUGCAUUACUCAUGCACAGUUGGUAGAGGGAGCCAAUUAAGUAGGUCCAGAUGCAGCGCGGGGAGAGCGGUUGGCGAACGCUUGAUUUGAUUGGUCGUUGAAAGCAGCCGUGGUUGGCUUGUACUACGGGGGCAGCUGGACUCUCCUUGGGCCAGUGAGCUAACUAUUGAUGGAGACACCUUGAGGCUAAUUGGUGGUACUACCACUGCAUAUAGAAUCCCACUAAUGUAGGAAGUUAGUGCCAUCUGCUGGCCAAAAUGUGGAUUGCAGGAAAAGGUCUAUUUAAGGCGAUAACGACGAUAAGACAAAUAAAAUGGUGCUAAGUUUUUGCGAUUUAUGUAAUCAUAUUGCGCAGCACUAAUUAUGCAUGAAUUUGCUUUAUAACUGCUCAUUUUAGGUUGUUUUUUUUAAUAUUUAAAGUUUACAUGACCCAAAAUGUGACAUUAGCGUAUGUGGACGCCAGUUCCUUACAGUUUUAAGUUGUUGUUUUUUUUAGCAACUCCCCCGAUCCAAUAAUCUUCGGGUGAAAACGAUCAGGUUUUUAAGAUAUAUUUUGACAUUUUAAGGGCUACAAAGCAACAAUUUUAAACUUUUUGGUAACAGUCGCGGAAAGCUAACGCUAAGAUAGUAUCGUGCAAGAAUGAUCAUCUCUGCGGUAUUGCCGAGGUAUCGGAUCGGGAGUAGGUAUCAGCAGAUCCUCCAUAUCAGGUGACUCGGACUUGGGUGCAAAAUUAUAUAAUUUUUUUUUUUUAUUACUGAAAAUAGUCGCUGGCCAGUUCGACAGAGUAGAAAAAUGUUCCAGGGAAAAUGGCUUAUUUACAUUUUUUUUUUUUUUUGGGACAUUCUUUGAAAAGUCAUUCGGAAAAGCCACUUUCAGUGCUAUUCAGCAAGUGACGGCGAGGAAAUAUGAGCGCUACCCCCUGCUGGCGCGGAGGCCAAAGUCCUAGGGCGGGGUUACCAGGCGCUACAAUGGCUUCCGUGGCCGCUGAGGGACUGGCAGUUGCUGUAGCGCUUCUUGACCAUCAUGCUGACGUACGCCUUCAUCAGCUUGGCGAUGUCCA